UAUAUAAUUUAUUAUGGAUUAAGUUAAAAAGCCAAAAGUAUUUUUUGUUUUGGGAGGUACUAUCUUAUAAAUCAUUGAAAAAUAGGACCUGGAGCUGGUAAAGGUACUUAGAGUGCAAAAAUGGUAGAAAAGUAUCAUUUUGUUCAUUUAUCUGCAGGAGAUUUGUUGAGAGAGGAGGUAAUUCAUUAUAUAUAUAUUUUAAGAGAUCAAAAAAAACAUAAAAUGCUGAAUUGAUUGAAGAGAUCAUUAAAAGUGGAUAAAUUGUCCCAGUAAUUUAUGAUACAUAAUUUUUUAGAGCCAUAUAACUAUUUAAUUACUAGAAUCUGCCAUGUAAGCUUAAGGCUUAGAUAAAAUGUUUUUAAUUGAUGGAUUCCCUAGAAAUCAGGAGAAUUUCGACGUUUGGAUUAAAUUAAUGGGGGAUAAGGUGGAAUUUAAAAAGCUUUUUUAUUUUGAAUGUGAUGAAGAAACCUUGAAAAAUAGAAUUAAAAUUAGAGCUUAAGAAAGUGGAAGAUCAGAUGAUAAUGAUGAAACAUUGAUUAAAAGAUUGAAAACUUAUAAUGAAUCAACAAGACCAAUUAUACGUAUAGUUUUUACUAAUCUUUAGAAUAUUUUGAUUCUCUUUCACAAUGUAUCCAUAUAAAGGCAGAUAAAACAGUUGAUCAGGUAUUUCAAGAAAUUUCAAUGAAAUUAGAUGAAAUCUUGUGAUAUUAAAUUUAAUAAUGCAUGCAGA